CAAAGUCUUAUCACAGAGCAGACGCCUUGGAGAAGCUGCACAGAAAUGAUGGCCCUAAGCUCAAUUUUCCUCCUGCUUGUCCUCUGCCUUCUGGUUGUCCAACUGGUGAGGCUCCAGUUUCGUAGAAGACACUACCCACCUGGACCGACUCCUCUGCCUUUCAUCGGGUGCUUCUGGCACCCCAAAUUUUUUCAAUUAAACCGGGAACUCUUGACGGAGAUGUCCAAGAUCUACGGGAAUAUCUUCACGUUGUGGUUCGGGCCCUACCCUGUGAUUAUAUUACAAGGCUACCAAGCUGUGAAGGACGGUCUCACCACCCACCCUGAAGAUGUUUCUGGCCGGCCUCUGCUCCCCUUUUUCAAAGCACUGACAAAUAACAAAGGAAUUGCGUUUUCCACGGGCCAGACCUGGAAGCAGCAAAGACGAUUUUCAAUGGCGGCUCUGAAGAACCUCGGUUUAGGGAAGAGCACUCUGGAGUAUCAGAUCCAAGAGGAAGCAGAGAGUUUGGUGGAAGUGUUCAGGAAAAGUGAAGGAAAACCCAUGAAUCCUUAUUUCGCCCUGAACCUUGCGGUUUCCAAUGUGAUUGGUAUGCUAGUCUUUGGACAUCGUUUCUCCACAGAAGACGAGACUUUUCACCACCUGCUGGAAGCCAUGGAGAAGAUUUUCAAUGUUUCUGACAGCGUCGCAAGUAAGCUGUACAAUAUUUUCCCCUGGAUUAUGCAGCGUGUCCCAGGACCUCACCAGAAGGCAUUUUCCUCAUGUGACUUUAUUCAGUCAUUCAUAAGAGAGAAGAUCAAGAAGCACCAAGAAGCAGACCAUCGAGAAAAAGACCAAGACUUCAUCCAUUUGUACCUGGAUGAAAUAGAGAAAAUGAAGAACCAACACAAAUCACCCUAUGAUGAAAACAACAUGGUUCAGAGCAUCUUUGAUCUCUUCCUGGGGGGGACAGAGACAUCAGGCACCACUCUCCACUGGGGAUUGUUAUAUAUGGUGCUUUAUCCUGACAUUCAAGCCAAAGUUCAAAAGGAAAUAGAUACCCUCCUAACACCGGGCCAGUCGAUCUGUUACGAGGAUCGCAAGAAACUUCCGUACACAAAUGCUGUGAUUCACGAAAUCCAGCGCUUUAGCAACAUCAUUUCGAUUGGAAUACCCAAAUUCUGCAUAAGAGACACAAAGAUCCAGAAGUUUCACAUUAGAAAGGGUACCACCUUUUUCCCGAACAUGGCGUCGGCAUUGUAUGAUCCCAACGAAUGGGAGGCACCCCUCACAUUCGACCCAAACCAUUUCCUUGACAAGGACAGGAAUUUCACCUGCCCAGAAGCUUUCAUCCCAUUUUCUAUAGGUCAUCGAGCAUGUUUGGGAGAAAAUUUGGCAAAGACAGAGCUCUUCCUGUUCUUUAGCAACCUUGUGCAAACGUUCAACUUCCACUUGGCCGAUGGAUCAAAAGAUGUAAAAAUUGACCCGGUCUGGGGAGGCACUCUGAAGCCUCAUUCCUUUGACAUCUGUGCAAUUCCUCGAUAGGCCCAUAUGUCAGGCCUGAAUGGCAGCUGUGGAUACUGGGAAUCAAGCAGCUGGGUUUGCCUCCUCCAACUUUUGCCUGAAAAUAAAGCAAGUCUUGAGCCCUCCUUGUUGUGGGAGAAAAAUAUA